AUGGGUCGGGCUAAGUUGGAGCUAAAGCGGAUAGAGAAGAGCACGAACCGACAAAUUACGUUCUCAAAACGUAAAAAGGGUCUAAUAAAAAAAGCUUACGAAUUGUCAACACUUUGCGAUAUUGAUAUUGCUCUCCUCAUGUUCUCCCCCUCCGAUCGCCUCUGUCUCUUUUCCGGUCAAACAAGGAUUGAGGACGUUUUCGCGAGGUACAUCAAUCUUCCUGAUCAAGAAAGAGAGAACGCUAUAGUUCUGCCCGAUCAAAGUAAACGCCUAGGCAUCCAAAACAAAGAGGAUUUGUUAAGGACUCUUGAACAACUAAAAACUGAGGACGACAUGGCCCUCCAAAUCAACGAACCUCGCCCUAAAGCUAUUCACUCCGAUGUCGAGGAACUUGAGCAAGAAGUUUGUAGAUUACAACAGCAGCUUCGGAUUUCAGAGGAGGAACUAAGGAAAUUCGAACCAGAUCCAGUGAGGUUUACAUCUGUAGAGGAGGUCGAAGCAUGUGAAACUCAUCUACUCAAUACUCUGACACGUGUCGUACAGAGAAGGAAACAUUUGUUGAACAAGUCCUGCGACGUCGUCGAGAGCUGGAGGCCUGAUGCUGAACCCAAAUUAGCCCAUAUCAUAACUAAUUCAGCCCAUCAAACCAAUUGGCUAAGUUAUGAUCUGCUGUUCCAAGGGAGUGAUUCAAGUCCAAACCAACAUUCAAAAUGAUGUUUGUUGAGUGAAUCGCAACGUGUAAAAUUCUACUCUUGCGAUGCAUGUUGUUGACAACAAUAAAACGGCCAGGGUCUAAACUUAAA